AUGACACCCGCCAUCGGCACCCAAGACCUUGAGCCCUUCGUCGCCCUGGCAAACCGCCUUGCCGACAGCGCGGGCGCCGUCUCAAGCCGCUACUUCCGCACCCCGGUGGCUGUGGACGUGAAGGCCGACGCAUCCCCCGUCACCAUCGCGGACCGGGAGGCAGAGGGCGCCAUGCGGGACCUCCUCUCCACACACGCCCCCACGCACGGCGUGUUUGGCGAGGAGUUUGGCCAUGCCUCCGGCUCCGACCCGGACUGGACGUGGGUGCUGGACCCCAUCGACGGCACCAAGUCCUUCAUCACCGGCCGGCCCCUCUUUGGCACCCUGAUUGCCCUGACACACAGGGGAGUACCUGUGCUGGGGGUGCUGGACCAGCCCAUCCUGAGGGAGAGGUGGGUGGGGGUGCUGGGGGCGGAGACGUCCCUCAAUGGCCUCCCCAUCCACACCCGGCCAUGCGCCAGCGUGGGGGAUGCCUACCUCUUUGCGACCACGCCACAUAUGUUCUCAGGUCCAAACGCUGAGGCCUUUGCUCGAGUGAGAGAUGCCAGCCGCAUCCCCCAGUACGGCUGUGACUGCUAUGCGUAUGGCCUGGUGGCGCGAGGGUUGGCCGAUGUGGUGGUGGAGGCCGACCUGAAGCCGUAUGAUUUUCUGGCCCUGGUGCCCAUCCUCGAGGGGGCGGGCGGCGUCAUGACCGACUGGAUGGGGGAGGCGCUGCGGCUAGACCCGGAAACCAUCACAGAAGCACACGAGGUGGUGGCUGCCGGGGAUGCCAGGACCCAUGCGCAAGCCCUGGAACUCCUGGACUGGAGGCGCUGA